AUAGAUAACAGAACCAAAAAAAACAAAAAAAAAACGACAACGCAGUACCAAACUGUGUCGUAUUAUCGUUGUGGGGGAAGAAUCGAAUCCAGCGUGACAACAAUUGAUCGGAAGGUGAAGAAGCUCCGUCACCGUCUCUUCUCCUUCAUCUCUCGUUCUCAAUGACGCCGCCGAGACCACCGUCAGGGAGACAAAGACCGCUGCGUUAUUAUUCAGAUUCAGAGAGGACCGAAGGAGGUAGCGGUAGUUGGGACACCCUCGAAUGGAACAAACUCGAUUCGCAGCAGACAGCUUCAGGUUCAAGUUCAACAUCCUUCGCGAAUUUGAGUUGCUUGCUCGAAUCUGAGAGGGUCAUCGUUGAGGGUUAUGGAGUUGUACUUAUCAACACCGAUGAGGCAGGGACCUUGUUGGUGACAAACUUUCGUAUUCUCUUUUUGAGUGAAGGUACUAGGAAGGUCAUCCCACUAGGAACAAUCCCGUUGGCGACUAUUGAGAAGUUUAACAAAACGGCGCUGAAAGUUCAAUCAAACAACCGUCAGUCCGACAAGAAUCCACCAAGACGUCUUUUACAGGUCACUGGCAAAGACAUGAGGAUCAUUGUUUAUGGCUUUCGUCCUAAAACCAAACAGGUGAAUCUCUUACUUCUUCUUAUUUUAACACAUUCCUUUCUCCUUGGAAUAAUCUGUAUAACCUUUAUGAUCAUACUGUUGCAGAGGCGUUCUGUGUUUGAUGCGUUACUGAGGUGUACCAAGCCGGAGAGAGUAUGGGAUCUUUACACUUUUGCUUGUGGGCCUUCCAAGUUUGGUAACGCAAACCCAAAGGAAAGAUUGCUUAAUGAAUAUUUCCGGCUUCUUGGAAAAAGUUCGUUACGAGCAUCGAUGGAUAUGAUUGAAGAUGGAUCAUUUACACUGGAGAAUGAGCUGUGGCGGAUAAGUGACCUCAACUCCAAUUAUAACCUGUGUCAGACUUACCCUUUCGCCUUUAUGGUUCCGAAAUCUAUAAGUGAUGAAGAGCUGCUCCAGGCGUGUUCUUUCCGGGCAAAAUGUCGCUUACCUGUGAUCACGUGGUGUCAGCCAGGCAGUGGUGCUGUAAUUGCACGCUCAUCACAACCUUUAGUGGGUCUUAUGAUGAAUAUGAGGAGUAAUUUUGAUGAAAAACUUGUUGCUGCAUUCUGCACUCAGCUUGGUGCUAAUAAGGGAGAACGAAGGAAGCUUUAUAUUGCCGAUGCGCGACCUAGGAAAAAUGCAUUAGCAAAUGGAGCAAUGGGAGGCGGCUCAGAAUCAUCUUCAAAUUAUUUUCAGUCUCCAAUUGUUUUCUUUGGCAUUGACAACAUACAUGCGAUGAGGGAGAGCUAUUCCCGACUCAGAGAUUAUUUAGAUAUGCACGGUGCAACAUCUUCUGAUGGGAGAUCAUCGUUCUUGAGACAUACUGGUUGGACUUGGGGAGGAGGUAACCUUAGUAGCAUGUCUGCUUCCGUGUCUUUACUUGGAGACAGUGGUUGGUUGAUACACAUCCAGAACGUCUUAGCUGGUGCCGCAUGGAUUGCUGCACGUGUCGCAGUGGAGUCGGCUUCGGUUCUUGUGCACUGCAGUGAUGGAUGGGACAGAACAACUCAGCUCGUUUCUCUUGCAUGCUUGAUGCUUGAUCCAUACUACAGAACCUUUGCUGGGUUUCAGGCUCUUGUGGAAAAAGAUUGGCUUGCUUUUGGUCACCCGUUUUCAGAUCGUGUAGGAAUGCCUAACAUAUCAGGAUCUGGUAACUUUGACUUUCCAAGGCAGUCUUCUUCUGCUGGAAGCUACCCUUCAUCUCCAGUGCGUCAGUCCACGCAAUCAGGAGCCUCACAAUCUCCAAGCUCUUCCCAUGCACAGAACAAUUAUUCUCCUAUAUUUACGCAGUGGGUUGAUAGUGUUUCACAGCUAAUGCGGAUGUAUCCUUGUGCUUUUGAAUUUUCUCCGACUUUCCUUGUAGAUUUCAUGGAUUGCUUGCUUUCAUGUCGUUUUGGGAACUUCUUAUGCAACAGUGAAAAAGAGAGGCAGCAAUGUGCGAUUGCUGAAGCAUGUGGAUGCAUAUGGGCCUACUUGACUGAUCUUCGUUCUCUCGCUACAACUUCUCAUGUCCAUUGUAACCCAUUCUACGACCCUUUGAAAUACGAUGGCCCGUUGCUACCUCCCGCAGCAUCUCUAGCGCCAACACUUUGGCCUCAGUUCCAUCUCCGGUGGGCAUGUCCCGAGGAAGCUACAGCUGCAGAUAUCGAGGUCCAGUGUAGAGCCAUGAGGGCGAAGUACUCCGAGAUGCAGAAGGAGAAAGAGGCAACAGAGAGAAGAGUGGAUGAGAUCUCUUUUGCAAUGGAGUCAUUAAGCGCAGAGCUGCUAAGAGAGAGGCGUAUGAGUUGGUCCGCUAGAGAAUCAGCAAAACGAGCCACUAAGGAGUACAGAGCUUUAACCAGAGCAGUGCAAUCACUCGGCUGCAAGGUUAACUUCACCACAUCUGAUGUGGAAGACGCCCCUCUGGAGACUAAUAACAAUAAUAAUAAUAAUAAUUCUAGGAGGCGAGACAGACAGGGAAACAACUCGGAUGUUUCUGUAUCUAUCUCGCUAAUGUCGGAAGAAAACAGAAGUGAAAACCAGGUGGGGAGAGUUUGUGAAGCGUUGUGUCCACUGCGGACAAGGGAAGGAGUGUGCAGAUGGCCUGAAGCUGGAUGUGCUCAUCUCGGAAGUCAGUUUGUUGGUUUAAAAACUAACUUUGAUGCGUUUGAUAGGCUUUCUAUCCAUGAAAGCUAUUUCAAAUCUGAAUGAAGGGAUCAAGAUCUCGAUGAAGAUGUAACUUUUAACAGAAUAAAAGGGGAUGGAGGAUCAUAAGUAUCAUCAAACCGUCAAAAGGCGGGAGCAUAACGGUAUAAACUGACACAGAGUUUUUGGAACAAGGGAGAGUCUCUGAUCUUUACUCUUGAGUAUAGCUAAAAGCAGGAGGAUGUGUACAUCUCUCUCGGUGUUUUAUGUUUUUACUUAAACCACUAUUUGCUUUAGAUUUAUUAUUCUUUUUGGUUAAAAUGAAUAAGGUUGAAAAGUGAUGUACAUACAGUUCAGUAUAAACGAUUAUUCAUAACAAAAAAAAAAUAAACUAGUAUUCCUCUUUA